AAAGAGGAUGUCAAGAAGAAAGAAGAAGAGUCAAAGCCAAAGGGCAAAGAUGAAAACAAAGAUGAGCUGAAACAGGCAGUGGAAAAAGGGGAAGAGCAGUUCAAGCAUGCCAACUCUGUCACUCACAAGGCUGAGUAUGACAAGUUUUCUCGUCAAUGUUUGGACAGAAAAAAAUUCCCUGUCUCUCUGGCGCCUCACUACAUGAAAGACAAGCUGGACGUUUUCAGGGCAUGGCUCCAAGCCUCUGAGCAGUGGGACGCUGUUGAGGUCAUCUAUGAGCGCCGCGCAGAGCGGAGGUCAAAGGACCUGUACCACAAGUACCCCAAAGAAAAGGCUGACGGCCUCAUGCGCAAGUUGAAGGAGAAAGGGAUGUGGUACUAUGACCCUGACUUCGAUGGCGAUGAAGAGGAAAUCUUCUACUAUGCCUGUGAGGGGAAUGUGCUGAGUGAUGAGUCAGUGUUUGUAGAGAGCACUACUGUCAAGGGAAAGGAAGUGGGUAACAAGGAGUUGGUUGAAGCCUUGACUGGAGAGGGUGGUCCCUUGGCCGCAGGUGCCAUUGCAGGUGCAGCAACGGCGACCGAGGAUGAGGCUGAAAAGAUGGAACCAAAGACCGUGAUCGACCAAGCCAGAGACAACAUGGAGACUUGUUUGAAGAAAGCCGCCGAAGCUCGAAAGCACGCUCUCUCUUUGAGUGGUACAGGCUAUGGUGGAGACCUCUCAACGCAGCUGAUGAACUUCAGCGCAAAAAUGGAAGCUAUUUACAAAAUCUUGCAAGACGUGACCGCCAGGAAAGUCAUGGAUGAGGAAAGCUACAUGAAGCAUUUCAAAAUCAUCACCGACAAGACUGGCUGGUAUGAGAAAGCCGAG